AUGGAAUAUGAAAAUAAUAAUCCUUCAAUAAUUAAUGAAGGUAAUGGUAGUUAUUCAAAUCCAAGUUCACAUGAUUAUAGUGUAAAUGAAUAUAGUGAUAGUGAAUCAUCAGUUGGAAAAGAGAGUUUAAUUGGAUUAUUGGAAGAUUUAGCCAAUAUUGACGAUAAAGAUAUUAGUCCAUUAUUGGUAUCAUCAAAAAUUAAUGUUAGUCAAAGUGUUCAAGAUUUUGGAAAAAUCAAUGAAGAUGAUAUUGAUGGAGCACAAGAACAUCAAUUACCAAUUGGAAAUGGUCCAAAGAAAUCAGCGAUUGCUCCAUUCUUGGAACAUAAAUAUAAGAAAGAUUUAGUACUGGUUUUAUUAAUGUUUACAUUUAUGAUUAUGGGUAGUUUAAUAUACUCUCUAUUCAUUCCAAAUGUAUUUUUAAAUUAUGUUAGAAUCAAUUUUCCAGAUGAGAAAGACAUCCAAACCAAAGCCACCUAUUAUAAAUCAUUUUCAGAUUCCAUACCAUACAUUUCCAUGUUUUGUUUCGGCGCGUUGGGUGGAGUUUUGUCCGAUAAAUUUGGUAGAAAAUUAAUGUUUUACUAUGGAACUAUUAUGGUUAUACUGGAUAUGGUGUCUUGUUAUGUCACCAUUAGGACCAAUAAUCUUUAUUAUUAUUAUGUUGUGCAUAGUAUUGCGGGCACUUAUAAUGUGGCAUUGGCAGCGGUGUACUCCUACAUUGCCGAUAUUUCCGAAGAACAUGCCGUACCCUACCUCUACUCAUUGAUAGGGGUUUCGUUGGGCUUGGGCGUGGUCCUUGGUCCGGUUAUAUCAGUGGCUUCAACAUUUCAUGAAACUCCACAACAACAACUUGACCAUCUUUCAAUGUCAUCACUUUAUAUUGGAUGUGGUUUGGUUGCAUGUUCUCUAUUCAUAAUUCCAUUCCUAAAAGAGAGUUUAACAAUUGCCAAAGAGAAUCAUAAAAUCCGUCAAACUAAAUCCUCGUCAAAUCCUUUCAAAUUAAUUAAACUGAUUUUCAGUGCCAAUGGGUAUGUCGCAUUCGUCAUUAUUCUAUACACUUCAAUCUCGUAUACUGAACAAGACGUAUUCACAACCUACUACUAUCACAAUGAAUUGGUUUAUAAUUGGGAUGGCACUUAUAACAGUUUCUACAUGGGUGGUGUUGGUAUUUUAAUGAUAAUUUGGAGUUUAAUUUUAAUACCAAUACUUUUGAAACGUUACUCUGAAAGGAAACUAAUAUCAGUUGGAUUUCUAGUUGGUGCAUUAACUCAUGUCUCUUAUGGAUUUGCAUAUAAUCAAUGGAUAUGGAUUGGUAGUGGUAUCGUAGCAGCAUUUGUACCAAAUAUACUAUACCUACUUCAAAGUGUAAUCUCAAGAGCAACCCCACCCGAAAUUAAAGGUUCAAUUCUAACUGGAUCACGUGCCAUCGGUUCCUUAGCUGGUUUCCUAGGAUCUUUAGCAGCAUCAAAUAUCUAUAGAGAAUUUACAUCUGGCAAUACCAUUUAUUUCCCUGGUGCCGCUUAUUUAGUUAAUUCAAUUGUUCUAUUUUCAACAUUUAUUGCUUCAUUAAUUAUUUGGAAAAAAUAUAAAAAUCCAAAUCCAUUAAUUAGAAAAAAUGUUAAAAAGAAAAUAGCAAUAAUUAAAAAAUCAACAUCAUUAACAAAUAUUUCAGUAAUUAAUUAA